UUUCGCCACAGCUGCCGUCAAAUAUCCUUCCGUCAAAUAGCCAUCAGAUUCAUGGCAGAUCCCGCUAGUCCUGUCCCAUAUGGUGAGAAUCUGAGAUUCCUAUAGGCUGAGAAUUUACCGGUUAUUUAUGGCUUACUUAUUCCGUUCGGGAAUGCGGUCUGGUCGAAGCAUCCGUCUUUCCCUUAGUAUGGUGGAGAGAAUCCGGGUAGUUGAGCCAGCUUGUCGUUAUUCGGUUGAUUUGCCGCUUACUUAGCUUCAUAUUAGACUGUUCUGACACAUCAGCAAGCUUCCUAGGCUGACACUUUGAUACUUCUUAGCUGAGAAACCUAGUCUCCCUGCUGUUGACAGUACUUCACGGCUUCACCGCGCUUCACCGCUGACGGUUCUUCACGGCUCUAGUUCACGCGAGUGCUUUCGCGGCAACGGCGCAACUCGCCGGACGGUUGAGCUUGAAAGAUCGAGCAGCAACGGUGUAAACCGCGCAUACAUGGACGGUCGAUCUUCGAGCACGGCGAACACCACGCGAGUCAAACGGCGUCUCACCUGACGGCCAGACGACGAGUGAAGAGCACCGAGUGGCGAACGGGAGAGCGGCGAAUGGUGAAUGGCGAACGGCGAACGGCUUGUGAAGAGCUGCGAGCGACGAGCGGAAAGCCGUAAGCUUUGAACGGGAGAGCCGCGAACGGCUUGUGACGAGCUGCGAGCUGCGAGCGACGAGCGGCGAGCGGCGAGCGGCGAGUGGCGAGCGGCGAGCUAUGAACUUUGACCAGCGAAGGAGCGGCGAUGGCGACGAGCCUUGCGCUGCGAUGGCGACGACCCGCGUGCGACGACGGUGACGACCCGCACGCGACGACUGCGACGACCCGCACGCGACGAUUGCGACUCGACGACCCGCAUGCGACGAUGGCGAUGACCCGCACGCCCAAGGGACUGUUAGCUGCAGAGCCGGAGUGGGAGGGCAGUGGGAUGACGCACGACAGGCAGUCACAGCGGUGUGAUUGCCCCCUGCAUGCCCUGCUGACCACUGCACUCCCCCUCGCGCUGAAGGCUUGUGGGUGCCGCUGCGGGGAGUGCUGCUGGAGGGAGUGCGGCUGAAGGGAGUGCGGCUGGAGGGAG